CUGUUAAUUAUAUUUAUGUAACAGGUAAAAGACAAAGGAUAGUAUAUAGAACUUUUCUUCAACGUCAUGGUAUUAAAUGAAAUAACAAAGACAGUAUGUCAUGUCGAAAGAAAUUUGAAAUAUUUAAAGGAUAUGCCGAGAGUGGGUGUAAACAAUAUCAGAGAUUUCAAAGGUGCAUUUAAAAAGAAAAAACGCGUAGGGCGUGGUCCUGGAUCCGGUAAAGGGAAGACUGCUGGAAAAGGUCACAAAGGUCAAGGUCAAAGGGGAACGUUACCUCGCAUAGGAUUUGAAGGUGGACAGACACCCUUUUAUCGGUUAGUUCCGAAACAUGGAUUUACUAACAAACGUUUCAAAAAAGAAUACAAUCCCGUCCAUCUGAACACGAUACAGUACUUCAUUGAUAGCAAGCGUAUUGAUCCGGAUGAAAAAAUUACCAUGGAAACCUUAUGGAAGUCCGGAGCAGUAUCCGGACGCAUUAAAGAUGGAGUGAAAUUACUUGGAGCGGGUUGCACGUGGUUUGAUGGAACGAUUAAUAUCGAAGUGAGUCGUGCAUCACAAAACGCCAUUCAAGCAGUCGAGCGAAACGGAGGAAGAGUAAAAUGCGUUUAUCACGAUCGAAUCGCACUUAGAGCUUUACUUAAGCCGGAGAAAUAUGACAUUAUACCAAGGCCUGCGAGACCUGGAAAUAAACAUAUUUUAUUUUAUUCCGAUCCAAACAAUCGAGGUUUUCUCGCUGACCCAGUUGAAAUAGAGAAGAAGAGAAAUGAAAAUCUUAAACUUGGACGAGUUACAGAACAGCUGUCGAAUGUAAAGCUAAAUUAAAUAUAAUUGAAAUUUUGGCAUUGUGCAUAGAUAUUUUUGAGUACUUCUAAAGAGAAACACAGUCAGAAAAUAUACAAUAA